GUGGUAAAAUGCAUAUUUUGAUGAAUCGAUUCGUCAAUAAAAUGAACAAUAACAUCAGCAGGCUGCAUUGUAAUCCAUAUGAGGAUGCGUCAAGGGUUUUGCUGAACUCGGGCUGUCAACCCGUGAGCCAGACCAAGAGAAAACACCAUGAGAACGAAGACUCUGACGAAGAGCACAUGAUCAAAAUGAGAUCGCACCUAAAUCCUGGAGAUGCUGUGAAUGCGGAGUCAUGGAACCGCAGUGCCUUUGGAGACGUGUCCGUGAGCCGUCGUGUUUCCCCAGCCAUGGAGAAGAACACACACCGCUCACACACACUGCUCAGUCCUGGGUCCCGCUCGAAGCCCCAGCAGAACCGCCCCUCUGUGAUCACCUGUGCUCCUGCCAGCCGGCCCUGCAGUCUGUCCAGCUGCCACAUGUGUCCCCAUGCCUGCACAUCUGCAUCCACCAGCCAGACCACCGGUCGCUCAUCCACCACUGACUGCGCGAUCACAACAGACUCUGAGUGUGACCCUGUGAUCGAGGAGCAUUUCCGGCGCAGUCUGGGCCAGGUCUACGAGGAGCCCGUCUCUGACCUGUCCAUCACAGGCUCCGUCGACGCCCACUUCACUAAAGCACUGGGGGACGCCUGGACACAGAUCAAAGCCCGGGGCCACGCCGGGACUGACCCAAACCACGAGGGGCGCUGUUAAACCCACUCAAGCUCACACACCUGAACCUGCUCAGGUCGGAUCACUUCAACACCCACACCAUUGCAGCAUUCAUUUCAGUACGGCUUAUUGAGCUAUAAAUAACUCU